UCAAGAAAAGCUUUUGAUAAUGACAUCCUCAGGCACCGGCGCUUCCUUCCUCCUCCUUCUUGCGCUGGUGAUGGUUGUGGCCACUUCUGAUUAUUACGUGCCACCACCAACCACGCACACUCCUUCACAACCUUACGUCCCGCCCGCCACCUUCACAUCUCCGGUUAAGACUCCAUACUUGCCAAAACCAAACACUGAAAUCGCCAUCGAAGGUCUCAUCUUCUGUAAAUCUGGCAACGAAACCUACCCUCUCCAAGGGGCCAAGGUUAAUGUUGUGUGUCCUAUUGUGGACUCAAACGGAAGGCUAGUGGCUAAGGCUACACUCUCGAGCUACCCAACGGACUUGAAAGGAUACUUCUACUUCAUCACAUACGGACUCUCCCACAAGGUGAAGAGCAUCAACGGCUGCAAAGUGAAGCUUGAGAGCUCUCCGGUCUCCACGUGUAAGACUCCAACAAAUGUCAACAAAGGUGUCACCGGAGCUACACUCUCUUCUGACAGCUCCAAGUUCAUUAGCCGCGACAAUUUGGACCUAUACACCCUUGAACCUUUCUAUUUCUCUAGCCCAGUGUCUCCCAAACCGGUUUACUAA